CCGGAGAUACGUCGUUCGUUCGUCUCGUCAUUUUAGUCACAUAGUGUUCGACAACCAACGACGUUGGGACUUGAAAAACAAAACAUUGUAGUUGAGUUUUUAUUUUUUUCAUUUUUUUUCACACGAUUGUUGGUCACUUAACCAAUAGUUUCAAGUAAGAAUUUAUUAUAUUUAAGAAAAAAAACUCAUUGACUUUAAGUGAACAAGUGCACAACGAUCAAUGCGAUUUAUUUAUCGAAAAUACCAUCGACUUUAUACUGAUGUAUAUAAUUUAGUUGGAAUUCACGUGUGAGUGAUAUUUUUUUUUUUUUGUUUAUCUUGGAAGGAAAGAGGAACACCUUUUUUUAUAGUGCUCAAUUACUUGUGAAUGGAGUGUAACAAGUGAUAAUCCUUAAACUCGGAUCAUAGAAUGGCCCUUUCGUAUCUGCAGGAGGCACAGAUUAACGCAGGACUUUUAGCAACUCAACAAUUCAACAUGAAGCAGGACAGUGAAAAACAGCCGCUGUCGCCGCCACUAAACAAUAACACAUCGGUGUCAUUAUUCCCUCGAAUGGGUGCGGCAGCAGCAGCAGCAGCAGCAGGACUGUCAAUGCUAACGCCCCAGCAAUUACUAGCCGCGAGUCACACUGCAGCCUUAAUGGCCGCUGGUAUUCCGGUAUCACUGCACGCCAGUUUGGCAGCAGCAAGUCCGUCCCUCUAUGCACAUACGCAAUCACUGUUCGGUGGUUGGCCGCCAGCAGCCUCAUCUCCCCCAUUACCCCUUCAGCACGGUCCAAUUUCACCGGCUCUCAGCACUAAAUCCAACUCUCGUUCGCGUACAAAUAACAACAAUAGCAAUAGUAACAGCAAUAGCAGCAGCAGCAAUAACAACAACAAUAAUAAUAAUAACAACAACAACAACAACAUUGUUAGCAGUAGCGCAGAUAGGAUGAUGUAUAAAAAAGCACUGGGAAAAAAACGUGGACCCAAGAGUAAAAUAGACUUGAGUUUGCCAACGAUGGUUGAUGGAGCAGCUCCACCAAGCCCACCAGCUUCAAUCAGUCCCGAAGCUGUCAAAGACAGUAAAGAUAAAAUUUUCACCUGUCGCACUUGCUCGAGAUCUUUUGGAUACAAGCAUGUCUUGCAGAAUCAUGAACGUACACACACUGGAGAGAAACCAUUCGAAUGCCCUGAAUGCCAUAAACGAUUCACCAGGGAUCACCAUUUGAAAACCCACAUGAGACUUCAUACAGGUGAAAAGCCCUAUCACUGCAGUCACUGUGAUCGUCAAUUCGUCCAAGUAGCCAAUCUUCGUCGCCACCUGCGUGUCCAUACUGGCGAGCGUCCAUAUGCCUGUGAAUUUUGCGCUCAAAAAUUCAGUGACUCGAAUCAACUGAAAGCCCACCUUUUGAUCCAUACAAAUGAGAAACCCCUUCAGUGUCCACACUGCCAAAAGAGAUUUAGAAGGACACACCAUCUCCUCCAUCACAAGUGUACAGCGACACUUGGCAUGUCACAGAUAGCUUCACCCUCGGCAGCGAGCGAUGAUUUGGAGGAGGAGGCUGACAUUGAUAUCGAUGGAGAGGUUGAUGAAAAACCAAAUGUAUCAGGUAGAAGAGCAUUGAAUCGCUCUCUUCCAAGUCCAAUGAUGAAUAGUCAAGUGCAGAUGCCAUUGAAUCUUUCGGGUGGACAUUCAAUUGACAUUCCUGAGCAGACUGAGCCCGAGGACUUGUCAAUGUCCACUGGUAUGCACAGACCAUCUUCACACAGUCACAGCAGUGGAGAUUCACCACUCAGCAGGAGCCCCAGCAGUGAUACACUUCACGAGGAGGAGGAGGAGGAGGAAGACGAGCUCGAUGUCUCAGAGGCAAGCCCAAGCACACUUUUCCUCCAUCGCCAUCACGAUGAGUACAGACUUCACCUCGCUAAACUUGCCAAUAGUGGCUCCAAUAAUACAUCAUAGUUGGGCUCAGAAGUUUAUGAGCGGAAGGCAUAACUAAGUUCAGAUGGGACGAAUGAAUUCAACAUGAUACAAAUACUCGACUUGUUUCACAUUAUUUCGCCUAGGAGAGUUGAAUUGAUUAUUAAAGUGUAUAAUUUUUUCCACUCGAUACCAAUGUAUAUUUAUUUUUAUGCCACCUCGCGGCUUCUGCGUGCCACGUUGUUAUUGAUUUAUAUCAUUUUUUAAUUAUUAUUAUUAUCAUUAUUAUUAUUAUUAUUAUUAUUACCAUUAUUAUUUCUUUCUGAAUCAACCUGUAAAAUGCCAAAACAAAAUGAAAAUUGUUAAAUACAUGUACAAAUUUACCAAAAUUCAAAACGAUACGAAUUUUUCGAUUGACCUGACUUUUAUACUUAUCACUACUGACUUUAUUUUCUUGACAAGUGUAGUGGAAUUGAGUGGAAAUGAAAUUUUCCCAUGUUUUUGGAAUUUGUAGGUAUUAAUGGGAAAUCAUGUGGAAAUUUACUGUGAAAGUGGAUCUGAGUGGAUUUCACAGAGGAAUUUGUAAUUUUCCUUGUCAUGGAAGAGCAAUUUUCACCAAAAUCACUGAGAUAAGGACAUUUUUUUUCUCCCAAGAGCGCAUUCUUAUUUCUCAACAUGUCAACUUUCUAAUUCCACCCGCUAGAUCUCAUUUUUUGCCCCACUCGUCGGAAAAAAAUAAAAGCAAGCCCCAGAAGUAACGAAACUGGACACGACCCAGUUUCACUUGUGAAAAAAAAAAAAAAAAUAAUAAUUUCUCAAAGUCAAAAAGCUGAACAGACACUGUACUACACACGCAGGGGUCGCUCCUUCGUUAGCCCUCUCAAUGCGUUUCUGAUUUAUGUCUCGUCAUGCAAAUUUUGUAGAGUAAAAAGGGGAGGUGGACAAGGGAAACCUUGGGCUUUCGACCUCCAGUGCAUUGUCCCCCCGCUCCCUCAAAAUGUUGAGGUAAUAUCCCCGACUCUCCCUUCUCUCAGGCAUCCCUGGACCUCCGCGUAGCCGACAAAGAGAAACUACAAUCGUUUGUGCAAAUGUCGUUCACAAAAUCUUGAAAUUGCCCUCGUUUCCUUCCUCAGGCCAUUUUAAACGCUCGAGUUUCGCCCGGGAGGUAUCCAAGGGUGUCUGCAGGCUUCGAGUCCCUUUUUUUUCUCCUUCGUUUUCACUUUUGCUCCUUUCUACUCUACUGUUUUUUUUUUAUUCCUUGGGGCCCGUUAGCUACAUUGGUACCUCUCUACACGUUUCACUUCGUCCAUUGACGUGGAUGCACUCUCAGUGAUGACAAUGGCGUGUGCCCAAGAUAUGUUUCUUAUUUGAUGCUACUUCUGGGCUCUUACGCUCGAUCGAACUUGAUCAAGAUUUAUUUAUUUUAUUUUACUUAUUUUUUUUUCUCGAGAUUUUUGCCUGUCGAGGGAUGGUGCUUAUAAAUUGUUAUUU